GUUUGGACUUUUGGAGGAAAAAAUUCGGUAAAAGUGGUACAAUCCCAGUAACAUGAAAAUUAUGAUAUGAAAGCCGUGAUACAAAGAAAGAGUUUCUCAGUGAUAAGAUAACAAUUCAUAAAUGUAACAAGUAAUAACUGUAAAAUAAAGAAUUGUGUACGUGACGUAUGCAAAUGAAUUAUAAGAUUUUUGUUUGUUUGUUUUAAUGAUAAUAUUUUAGAUAUUCAAUAGAAUCCUUCGAACGUUUAGAUCAUAAGUUGCAAUUCAUGCAAUUUUUUUUAUUCAUUCUUACAAACAAAUAUCCAAUUUGUGUGAUCGUAAAUUAUGGUAAAAUCGGCCGUUCAAAUUAUUGACCAUUCAUUAAAAAUAGAUGAACCGAAAGGGUAAAUGUACAGAUAUUUUUCAUUAUAUUUAAAAUGUAGAUAGUAUUUCAUAAGUACAUAUGUUAAUUGCAUAUUAAUUAACAUUAUUGAAAAUUAUAAUGAAUAUCAAAUUAUUAUCUACCUAUGUACUUUAAUAAUUUGUAUACAAUAUUUUCUACACAUGACCUAAAUACGAUAAUAUCAGUCAGGUAGAUUCUCUAACAUAAAUAGUAUUAUUAGAUUAUCCGAGUCUGUUAUAUUGUAACAUUCCCCAUAACAGAUUAAAUAAUAUUAAAAUAUUAAUCCAUAGUCCAUAUUAAAAUUAUGAUUUAGUUACAGACAAUUUUAUUUUUUAGAAAUUCAUCAUGGUGGAUGGCACUCAUAGUGUUGUCAGUUAUUUCAUUUGGAACCCGAUUAUAUAAAGUACACGAACCCGAUCAUGUUUGGUAUAUUUAUAAAUAAUUUAAAACUACAUAAUUUUAAAAACAAUAUUCUUCUAAACAUAUUUUUCAUAUUUAUUUGAAUGUUUAGCUGGGAUGAAACACAUUUUGGAAAAAUGGGUAGUUGGUACAUUAACAGGACAUUUUUUUUCGAUGUGCAUCCUCCAGUCGGUAAAGUGAGUACUAAUUUUGUUGUAUUAUUUAUUUAUAUUAAAUAUACAAUAUAAAUUAUAAUAAUUACUUCUACAAGUAGAUGCUGAUAGCGUUAUCUGGAGUUAUGACUGGAUAUAAUGGAAGUUUUCCAUUUGAAAAACCUGGUGACAAAUAUAAUGAUGUUAAUUAUGUUGGAAUGAGAAAGGUUAAAUCACCAUAAAUUUUAAAUAAAUAUUGUAGUAGUAUUGGGAACAUUUCAACUUUUGUUUUUUAUAGUUUUGUUCAAUUUUAGGUGGACUAUUAAUACCAUUCACUUUUAUUUCUGUUUGGGAAAUGACAUAUUCAUUAAGUGCAGCCAGCUUAUCAUCUACAUUAAUUUUAUUUGGUAAAUAUAUAUUAUAUUUUUAAAUAAAUGGCAGUGGCGGAUUCAGUAAUUUGUUAGAAAAAAAUUUACCAUCCCUUCAUUGGCAUACGUUUUUUUAAUUUUUCUAACCAAAAAGAAACAUUUUUAAUUAAUUUAAUUAUUUACUAUUUUAAAAUACAUAAAACUAUGCUAUAUACAACAUGUUUAUUAUAAAUAAUAAUUAAUACAAGGGUGGAGAAAAUAAAAUAUAUACUGUUUAAAUUAUAAUUUAUUAAUUUUACCAUAAAAAGUAAAAACUUUGAAGUAAGAAAUAUUUUAACAUACACAAAUACACAAAGUUAAUAAUUUGUAUAUAAUAUUUUUAUUUAUUACUGAGAAAUGUUUUAAAAGGCCCUCAAAGUAUUUUGAAAAAUCAAAUUUGAUUUUGGUACUUAUUAAAAUGAUUCAAAUUUAUAACUGAUCUAUUAAUUUUUAAUUAAUUUAGAGUACCUAGAUACAAUGUUUUCUGUGUUUUUUCGUUUUUUUUUUUUUUUAAGCAACAUAAAAUAUGAAUAAGUACAUUACCUCUGGUAAAAUGUUGGUAUUUUACAUUAAUUUUUAAAAAAAUAUAUUAAAUAAUUGGAAUAAGGUAAUGAGAACACUUUUUUUGGUAAAGAAAAUACUUAAUUAUUUGUAAGUACAAAAUUUGUCACCUCUAAAAUUUUGACUUUCAAAUCGCCUCUUUGUUCUGCUGUUAAGUUAAUCGAAUGCUGAUGAAUACUUAUUUUAUAAAUUAUUAACAAUUAAAAUUUAUUUUCAGAUGUUGGAACACUAACAUUAACACAAUAUAUUUUGCUAGAUCCAUUAUUACUUUUUUUUAUGUUAUCAACUUUGGUUGGAAUUUGUAAAUUUAGAUCACUUAAGUUAAGGUAAGACAUAAUAUUGUAUUAAUAUUUUUUUUCUUUUUUGUGUGUAUAUGUUUAUUAAUUUCUAUGCAUUAUAAAAUAAUUUGUUCAGAGACUUCAGUGCUAUGUGGUGGUUUUGGUUAAUUUUCACUGGUAUAACAAUGGCUUGCUGUGUUGGUGUUAAAUUUGUUGGAUUAUUUCAAGUCAUUUUCAUUGGAUUGAUGACUAUUGUUGAUCUGUGGUUUACACUUGGAAACCUUUCAAAACCCAUAGUAAUGUAUACUAUUGUUUUGUACACAUAAUAGCAUUAUUAACAAUUAUGUUGCUUUUGAUUUAGAGUUAUACUAUAAAACAUUUUGUAGCGAGGUUCAUCUGUCUUAUUGUAUUACCAAUACUUCUGUAUGUGGGAUUUUUUUAUAUACACUUACUUGUACUCAAUAAAAGUGGAAAUGGUGAUGGAUUUUAUAGUUCUGCUUUCCAAUCAAAAUUACAAGGGAACUCAUUGCACAAUGCUAGUAUGCCAAAAGGUAAUACAAUAUCAUGUAUUCAAUAUAAUUUUUUUUUAGAUUCUAAAUGGAGUGAAAAAUCUUGUAGUUUUAUAAAGAUAUUUAUUUUUUUUUUUUUAUCUAAACAACUUUUUUACCACAACUUGCUUGGAUUUCUAAGUGUUUUCUGAAAAGAAAUCGGUGUGGGGAAGUACUCGAAGAAGGUCAUUAUUUGAUUUUCUCAUCAAAUUUUAAAAAUGAGAAUAUAAGAAUAUAAGAAAUGUAGAUAUUAGUUAAAAUAUAUUACAGCCUUCUUUUUUUCUGUGCACAACUUUUCUACCAGCAAUUUUGCUCCAACUUAUAAUGAUAGCAAUUUUUCUUAAAGGAAAUUUCACUGAGGAGGUACUUUAUAGUGAUCGUUUGUUUAUUUUCGCUAGAGUUUUCUCAACAAAAAACUGGGAAAAUUAGUAAAACAUAAAACAAAUAUUAUUAAUAAGAAAAUAUGUAUAGCCUUUUUAAUUAUUUUACUAUAAAAUUACUUAUUUAAUGUUGACAAUAUCACUCUCAACUGAACUCUGCUCAGAAUCCUUAUUUUCAUAAGCAAUGGUGUAUCCUUGCUUUCAGAUAUACAUUAAAUUAUCUAUAAUAGUGGCUACUCAUUAUCCUACAAUGUCUGUUUAGUAAUAAAAAUAAUAAUAAAACAUUAUGUAUGUAGAAGUUGCAUUUGGAUCAAUAGUAACCUUGAAAAACCAUAGAACUGGUGGUGGAUAUUUACAUUCACACUGGCAUUUGUACCCAGAAAAUGUUGGUGCAAAGCAACAACAAGUAUGUAAAAUAUAUUAAAUGUUUUAUGUAUUUUUUUUUUCAAAAAAAUUUAAUUUUUUAAUCUUAACACACAUUUAGAUUACAACCUAUGCCCACAAAGAUGAAAAUAAUAGAUGGUUAAUAAAAUUCUACAAGGAUAAUGAAAAGAUAAAUGUUAAUGAUACUGUCAGAUUUGUAAAACAUGGAGAUAUGAUACGAUUAGAACAUGUACCUACAAGACGAAAUUUACAUUCACAUCGUGAAUCUGCUCCCAUAACAAAGAAACACUACCAAGUCACUGGUUAUGGUGAAGUAAAUAUUACCUUUAACAAUUUUUUCGAUAAUUUUAUGAAAAAUAAUAUAAAUAAUUAUUAAAACAAUUUUCAAAUAUUAACCGAAAAUUAAUAAAAUAUGAAUCUUUAGGAGGGUGUUGGUGACUAUAACGAUGUUUGGAAGGUUUUUAUCGAAAAUGGAAAUGAAGAUACUGUUAUCUCGGCUGUAAUAAGUAAAAUAAAAUUUGUUCAUGUUCUUCAACAUUGUGUCCUAACAGCAUCAAAUAAACAAUUACCUAAGUGGUAAUGUAUUAAUACAUUUUUGUGUCUCAUUAUUUCAUGUACAAUUCAAUUUUAGGAUUAAUUUAUAGUAUUAAAAUGUUUAAAAAUGUAAUUAUUUAGGGCAUUUGAACAACUUGAAGUUACAUGUAGUCCAAAUUUAAGAGAUGCUAAUUCAUUUUGGAAUGUAGAGGAUAAUAUCAAUCCCAAUCGUAAGUUUAUAUUUAGUCAUAAAUAAAUAAUAUUAAUUGAUAUAAUUAUAAUUAUAAUUUAAAUGUGAUUUAUGAUUAUAGUUCCAAAUGUUAGUUUUGAAGUAUAUUCUCCAAAUUUUUUCGCCAGAUUUAUAGAAUCCCACGCUGUGAUGUUUCAAGGGAAUUCUGGUCUCAAACCAAAGGAAGGUGAAAUUACUUCUAGGCCCUGGCAGUGGCCUAUAAAUUAUAAGGUUUGGUUAUUAUUUUACUAAACAAUUUUGUCUUAAUGUUCAUAUUAUAAUUUUACAGGGUCAAUUUUUUUCUGGUAACAAUUACAAGAUUUAUUUGCUUGGUAACCCUGUCAUAUGGUGGGCAAACUUGGCAAUAAUGAUAUUAUAUAAUUUGAUUUCAAUAUGUAAAGCUACUUAUGAUAAACGGAGAAAUAAUCAAAAUGUUACUAGUAAGAAGCGAAAUUUUUUGUUUUAAUUCUUUACAUUCUUCUUUAAUAUUUUUUUUUUUUUAAAUAUUAGACCAAGAUUCUAAACAAAAAUUAUUAACCACCUGCAACUGGUUGUUUAUUGGAUGGUGUCUACACUAUUUACCAUUUUAUGCUAUGGGUCGAGUUCUUUAUUAUCAUCACUACUUUCCAGCAUUUUUAUACAGUUCAAUGUUAACAGGUAAAGUUUAUUGAAAUAAUAAUUACAUCAAGUAAUGUAAAUCAUCAGGUAAUUAACAUUUUAGGUGUCACAAUGACUUAUAUAUUAGAAACUAUCAAGACUUCCAAACCUAACCUUUUACAAAAAACUGUCUAUGAUGUGCUCAUUGGAAUAAUUUAUUCUUCAGUUAUUUAUAGGUAAAUUUUGUUUAGUUUAAGUACACAUAUUUAUUUUAAACUAUAUUCAUGUAUCUUUUUUCAGUUUUUAUCUAUAUUCUCCACUAGCAUAUGGGAUGGCAGGGCCAAUAUCCACAGAAAAAAAUAGUACUAUGUAUGGAUUGCGUUGGCUUGAUUCAUGGGAAUUUUAGAACAAAACUACUUAAACAAGACUGCCAAUAUUUUUUUAAAACUUAAUUUAAACAUUUUGAUUAAUUAUUUGUCCUUUAUUUGUAACAAACAACCAACUUUUUCAGUAUU